UUCAUUGUAUUCUCUUUGUAUUUUGUUAUGGAAGUUGAAGAAGCGUAACAAAAUGAGUAUUUCUCAACUUAUGAUAAUCUACACAUUCUGUUUUUCUGCAUUUCUUUUGACAUAUUCAGCAUCAAACAGUACCCAAAAACCAGAUAUCUCUGAACUUGAAAACUCAACGAAAUGUGCUCGGAGUUUAAAAUUAAACAGCACUGAUAAUAGAAACAGCUCCACGUGCUCCGAAAAGCCCACAGAUCGGGGUUGGAUUGUAGCUGCAGUAUUUGGUGGCAUAGUAGUUCUUUUCAUAAUUGCGAUAAUAUACCAAGUAAUAUGUAACAAAGAACUAUCAGAUUCAGGAGGAGGAGGAACAAGAGGAGGAGGUGGUGGAUUGAGUUUUGGUGGCGGGGGGUUCUCUCCUGGAGGAGGAGGCGGCGGGGGUUGUGGAUGAAGAUAUUUUGAUUUGGGGUUUUUUUAAAUAUGAAACAAUAUAAUUAUCAUCAAGCACAGUUUUAUUCACACCUCUUUAUGUAUUUUCUAAAUGCUUUAAUCAAUGUAUAAUCAACGUUCCAAUUUAAACUAGACGAGUUAUAAAAACGGUAGAAUCUAUAUAUCAUUGGUCAUUCCGUACAUUCUCAUUUUAAACAUUACUUCAUUAUUAUUCGUUUUGUGUGCAUCAUAAUGACAUUUACACAAUUUACAUAUAAUAUAUUUUUACUUCAAUAAAAUGAUAAAAAUAGGGUAAUUGUGUGUAAAUUGGUGUUUGGUGCGAAAGGCAGGGAUAGGUAUA